UGGCCUUCACAGGGUGGGCGGGGAAGUGGAAGCUAGACAGGAGCCGCUCGUAAUGGCGGCGGCUCUGAGGCGACUGUUACACGGGACGGAAGUGGAGCGGGUCCGGCCGGAGCCGGAGCCACCGCCGCCGCCUCCCCCGCCUCCGUGGGGCGGAGAAGUUCGCAGGUGUCCCCGCCAUGGCGGCGGAGGAGGAGGAGCGGAGAGGCCGACUCGAAGCGGCUCCCAGGAGCAUCCUCCUUACCCUGCUUACGGCUCUCACUACUGGAAUUCGUCUCCUAGAAUGGCCUAUUCGAGCCCAUACCCGGUUGGACCAGAGCUCCAGCACCAGAGAAUUGAUCCUUCCUAUACUAAUGGUGUUUAUGGUACUCCAUACUCAGCUUCUGGGACAGGGCCACCAUAUCCCAAUCUUCCACAGUCAAACACAUACUAUUCCUCAGGACAUCCUCAUGCCCCUUACUCCACAGAGUCCCAUAGCAGAUAUAGAUCUCCACCACCAGCUUUCAACUGGAAUUAUCCUCCACCAGACUGCCCAGCUGAAGGUUCAGCGGUAAGGAGACAAGUACCAGGAUACCCUCCACAACAGACGCAAGGAUUUCCAGUGCCACCGUAUACAUAUGGUGAUUGCAAUCACAGCAUUCCACAGCAGAGACCGCCUCCACUGCCACCACCUCCGCCACCACCUUCCCAGCCAAGACAACAGGAUAUGACUUGGAGACCACCUGGAGCUUACGGAGUGCAACCUCCGUAUGGCUGGUCCACUGCCUCAACAGGAAAUGUGAAUAGAUACAUUGCAGAAUCUCCUCCGCCAUGGCCUCCUGGUGGGACAUCUAAUUUGCUUCCGCCAAAUAAUAACCCAAAGGAGUCGUAUAAUCAGCUGGAGCAAGGAACCAACCAGCACAAUUACUAUCCUGAAGCCAAUCACUUGCCUUCUGGCACCAUGAAUGAUUACAAGUCUGUUCCACUUGAUACUAAGCCAUCUGCGUCCAACCCCAAAGUGCAAUAUAGUGCACAGCCACAGCUGUAUGAGAAUGUACAUAGGAAACAAUCUGUGGUUGACCAUGGACAAGGUUCUAACCCCAGCAUGCAGCCUUCAUUAGAGACAAUGGAUGUGCAGCCAGGAAUAUACAAAGUUAUGCAAGUUAUGGAGGGAGUUGAACAGCUGGAGGAAGAGGUAGAUGAAUUUGUUGGGAAAAAGACAGACAAGGACUACUGGUUGCUGGAAGAAAUGUUGACCAAAAAGUUGUUGGAGCUGGACUCUAUAGAGACAGGUGGUCAGGAGAAUGUACGCCAAGCAAGAAAAGAGGCUGUGCACAGAAUCCAGGCAACACUGGAAGAACUGGAAAGGAAGGGGCUUUAAAUGUGAGCAGUAGUCCUGAAGCCCAGUCCUGACAUGCUCAAAGAUCUCUAGUUUUCUUUGACCAUCCAGAGCAAUAAGUGGGGACUUGCAUUUUGAUUUUCAGUUAUCACAUGGUAAGUUGAAUAUGAUUGAAUGAAGAUGUCAGACCCAAAGACUUUGUUGAAUCUACCAAUGAAUGUAGAGGAAGGGAUGAAAUUCUGACCCCUGAUUAUUUGAAGCUGUAGUAACCUCCACGGACAUCUGCAUGUUUCACUAGCUCUGGGAGUAAAAGCAUUGGGUAAAAGGACAUUUUGAUACCAGCAUUUGCAUCAUGAAAGAGAUUUCUUGAAGCACCAAGGACUUCAACAGCAGAGUGACCUUUUGAACAUAUGGUGUGAAGACAUUUCAACUGCAAUAUUGUGCCAGUAAACCCAGGACUACAAUCUCCUUCGAUGCUUCUCUUGUGUAUUACUUAGCGCUUUAUCCCUUUUUGUCAUAGAAAUUGUGUAGUAUUUUGAAUCUUUUAGGUCACAUUCUGUUGAAGUAUAGCUAUACUGAUAAAUCAAUCAGUAGUGCAAUCAAAGCCAGUAUAUAUUUCAUGGUAUUUCCCUCCCUUGUUAUACCAUGCAGUUAUCAUUCUCACUGCUUUUUAUUAAAUAGCCAAAAGGGGUCCAGGCAAUGUUUGACUACUGCAGCUUGCAAGUAAUGGAUGGAUACGUUAUGGGGUAUUUGAGGACAUAUGCUCUUCAUAGGGAUGUCACUUCAUAUGUUGCAGUUUUUUGUAUUCCACUUCAAUCUGUGUGACUACUGAUCUGUAGUGGGAUAGAUAAGGCUGCUAUUGUUAAUCGUCAGCUCCUCACAAAGUGAUCCUUGUUCCCAAAAGCAAGAAAUAAAUCCCUCUGAGUUUUAAAAUA